AUGCCACCAAGUACCACUGAGUAUGAGGCAGCCAUCGAGUACCAUCGAACUGAUGUUAAAACUACUGAGGACAAGGAGGCUGAAGAAAAUAAGGUUCAAGAAAAUGAAGACAAUGAGGCUCAAGAGAAUGACCAACAGAAACAAGAUAAUGAAAAUGUUGAAUUGCAAGAUGAAGAGAAAGAUCUUGUAGAUGAAGAGAAAGAUCAAGAAGAAAAAAUAGAUAAAGAUAAGGAAGAGGAAGAAAAGGUUGCUGAAAUGACUCUUAGAAAGAGUCCAAAAAAGUAUAGACCAAAGGUUGCAACUAAAAAUAUGGACGAGUUUGUUGUUGAGAAUAGGCCGAAGAGACAAACAGAACUAACCAAGAAAAUUUUGGAGAAUACAAGAAAUAUAAAAAGAGACAAAAAGAAGGUCCUUCCAAAGGUGUCUCCCAAGGUGUCUCCAAGCAAAAUUACAAGGCAUUCUCCAAUAUGGAAGGAUGAUGCUCCAAGCUUUAAUAUCAAAAUAUCACAACUUUGA